AUGAUGAUUCGUCUCGAGCAAGCACGCCGCCACCAACCGCUACUACUCCUAGGCGAACCCGCCGCGCCCAACAUUCGUUCAUCCUCCUCCACCCCCACCUCUGCCUUCACGUUCUGGUCUUUAGUCUUACGGCCAGAUUUAAACCGACCUUCGCCAUCCGUUACCCCCACUCCACUUGCCAAGUCACGUCGCCCCAGCGAUUUCCCAAACGCAACAGUCGUCCACGUCUAUACUAUUGCUCAGAUCUUUGCUGCUGCCCAACAUCAGCAAGCGCAACAGCAAGCCAAUUUGUUUCAACAAUUACAGGCUCAACAGGCCACUUCCUCGAAUAGCACCACGCAGUUACUCGCGAAUAUACAACAGCAACAACAAGCGCAGAGCAAUCAAAUGAUGUCGAUGCUUCAACAAUACCAGCAAAGCGCGACUAACUUCAAUCCAUAUCAGAACGCGCAGCAGAACCAACAAAUGCUUGAUUUGCUUUCGCAAACUCAAUCGGGAGGGGCCCCACCGGUUGACUGGGCCAGCCUCGCGAACGCAUCUGGUAUGGAUCCUAAUAUGCUGAUGAGUAUGAUGAUGGGAGGCAUGGACCCGACCAAUAUCGCCAUUCAAGGUGCUAGUUUUAUGUUUGGCUGA